GUCUGGACUCAACUAACACCACGUCGGCAACGGGGGUGACGGUGCGGGGAUCCCUCCCGAAUUCGCAACUAACGGCUGCCAGUCCGGUCUUUACGAAGUACGUUACGUGUAAACCCCCCCUGUCAUCACUUACUGUUCGUCAUCUCAUGAAGCCACCGUUGUGACCAACCUGAAUGCCCCGACGUGCUGUUUGGGAACCGCACUCUGUCAAGUUGCACCCCCCCUAACUUUAUGAUGGUCUCGGCGCAGCGGCAAGAGACAACGGCCAAGUCUCCGCGACACACCGGCAAGGCGCUGCACCGUCAGCAUGGGAGCCGCAAGUUUCGUGGCCUCACAUGCGCCAAUUGCCGCGCACGAAAGGUACGCUGCGAGGGCAGUCAGCCGACGUGCAAGACUUGCGAGGUGUAUCACGAUGAGUGCCGGUACGACAAGGCUCCCCCGGUGUCCCAGGUCGUCGCCAUGGCCAAACGACUCCAAGAGGCCGAGAGGACGAUUGAGCGGCUCCGGGCGAACGGAAGCACUGCAUCAUCUGAAGGGCCAUCGUCGACCCUCACUGGUGACGUUUCUAUGAACCUGCCUCAUCCUAUAGGACUGACUGUUGUGUCCACGCCGUCGAAUGGUGCUGAGUUGCAACCCGCCACAGGCCUUGCAGCAGUUCAACCUCCGAUUCCGACUGCGCCUUCCGGAUCCUCUGUACUGGUGUGCGCUACUGCUCUUGAUCUGAUGCCGACCUCCUGGCCGCAAGCUCCCGAAGACGUGGACGUGUCAACUGCUAGGCUAGAUAGCAACGACAUUGUUGGCCCCGCGCCGGGGCCCGAGGAACCCUCAGAGGCCGAGUUGAGGGUCGAUGAACAUGGAAAGAUUCUCUACUAUGGCCCAACAUCGGCAGUCCAUGAUCGCCCACAGCCUGACCUCGUGCAGCCAUCAGCUCCGACUGCCCGAGCCGGGGUUGCCCUCGGUUCCCUAGAGAACGAGCAAUCACUCUCAUGUUAUGUGCGAGAGGCUUCAAUAUGGGAAAGCUUUGCACUUGGCAAUGCAUCCCUGCAAACUGGGAUCCCGCGACACAUGCUGGCGAAGCUCCUUCGCCUCCACUGGACCUGGGUCUCGCCCAUGUUCAUGUGGGUGUAUCGUCCAGCCUUCAUCCGCGACAUGGCCACCGGAGGCCGCUACUACUCCGAGUUUCUCCUCAUGGUCAUGUGCGGCCACGCCGCCAAGUACCAGGACAGCAACAACGGUUCCGAGUUCCUGCUCGCGAGGGCACGCCGCCUCCUUGGCGCCGCCAUUCAGCAGCCGAGCUCCAUCCCCACGGUGCAGGCCCUGCUUCAGCUGAGUGCUCGGGACCUGGCGCACGGCUCCAUCUCUCAGGCUUGGGUGUACGGCGGCAUUGCCUUUAGGAUGGCGAGCGAUCUGGGCCUGCAGCAUAGCGGCGCUGGCGUCAAGGGCUUGAGCCGGCUUGACCUGGAGAUACGAAGGAGGCUCUUUUGGGGGUGUUUCUUCUGGGACAAGGCAACUAGCCUCUACGCGGGGAGAUUACCUGCGGUCACCGAAGUGUUGGACCAGAGCUCACUAGAUAUGCUGGACCACUCGACCGAGCACGAGACAUGGGUCCCGUACUAUGGCGACUCUCUGGACUCAGCCGACAACUCACGUAGCCAUUACCCCCCAAGAAAGAGCCAUGCCGUGUCCUGCUUCGUAAAUUCUUGCAAGCUGGCCAUCAUUAUCAACGACAUAGUCGUUCAGCUCUAUUCUAGGCGGAAGAGGUCCAUAAGCGAGACGGCCCUCGAUGACAUCAAACGGCGCCUCGACCUGUGGCGAACACGAUCGCCGUCCCACCUCCGAUAUGACCCCAACAAUUUGCCCUCAAUAUGCCCGCCUCCGCACCUCAUCUCUCAAAACCUCCUCUUCUUUGCUUCUGUCAUUCUAGCCCACCGUCCCUUCUGGGCAGUGCCCUCUCACUAUCAAACCUGCAUCACCGCCUCGCGGAACAUCGAAAAACUCGUCUUGCUCCUUGAAUCUACCUUCGGGCUAGGAAACAUCACCUACCUCAUGGGGUACUGCAUCUACACCGGCGCAUCCGCUAUUCUAGAAGACGCCAAGAAAUGCAACAACUCCUCGCAGGCGACGCUGCAGACCUUUCUCCGCGCGCUCAACACCGGAAUGAGGAGGUGCCCGCUAUUGGAGCGUAGUUUGAAAAUUAUUGUUAAAGGUAUGAGCACUACUGUGACGGACAAGGUCCCCGCCAUGGACCAGACGAGCCAGGAUCUGCCCCCUACUGCCAUUGCGAGCACGUAUAUUCCCGCCUUUCCUUACGUGGAUCCGACGUUGUCGAUUGACUUCGGCAUGAGUCGCUAUCUAGGAGGGGCGGACUUGGACACCAUGUCCGGGUUGGACUCUUUUCCCGAGGCACAGAUGGAUAUGAACGAUUUCUUUGGCCCGCCAAUACCGUAA